AUGAGUAACACAGUAAUACUAGAAGACUCAUAUUCAUCAUCAUCCGCACCCAGUGACGAAAAAGACGAAUUUUUGCCUCCAGCAAAGAAAAAAUUACAUUCAAGUCCUAGAUUAAAACCUUUGGAUCAAACACUUACGUCUACUUGGUAUCGAGAGCAACUCUCUAUUAGGCAAGCAAGUACCUCUUUCAUAGCAACUGAAAAGAGCCUUUGCCACGAUGUUUCAAAAAGUUUCGUAACUCGAUUCAUCGUUUACCGAGCUUGGGUGGUCAAUGGAAGAAAAAUGGCAAGAAAAAUCGAGGAGACGCUUUUUGAAAAUCUUCCUCCUUUGGUCUUGUAUUGGGAUAGUAAAUUGUAG